UUCAGGCGACUGAAGGCGUGGCGUAUUCAGGACGCUUUCACUUCUAAACUUGUUUUCAGCUCACGUUAACACCGCUUCCUCUCAGGAAUUUAAAGGUUGUCAUCUAACUUGUCAGCAUGGCUGUCGUUGGGGGGAUCAAGUGCAUCAAGUAUCUCAUGUUUAUAUUCAACUUAUUCUUCUGGCUUGCAGGCACUGCUGUGUUUUCCAUCGGCCUGUGGUUGAGAUUAGACCCCAAGACCAAAGGCCUGUUUGAAGGACCAGAGUCUCCAUAUGUGUUUUACACCGGUGUGUACAUCCUGAUUGGCGCUGGGGCGCUAAUGAUGGUUGUAGGAUUUCUCGGAUGUUGUGGUGCCAUCCAGGAGUCUCCGUGUAUGCUGGGACUGUUUUUCUUCUUCCUGCUUAUCAUCUUUGCCAUUGAAGUCGCCGCUGGCAUUUGGGGAUUUUCCAACCAGAGCAAGGUGGUGGAUGACAUCACCACAUUCUACCGUCAGACCUACAACGAAUACAAAGACAGACAGGAUGAGCGUCUUCGAGAAACUCUGCGUGUGAUUCAAACUGGCCUCAACUGUUGCGGUCUAACUGGUACUGUGUUUGAGGGUGCCAAAGACACCUGUCCUAAAGGAGACCUCCUUGAGGCGCUCAUCAUCAAGAGCUGCCCCGAGGCCAUUGAUGAAGUUUUUGAGUCCAAGCUCCACAUCAUAGGAGGAGUGGGCAUCACCAUUGGGGUCAUUAUGGUGUUUGGGAUGAUCUUUAGCAUGCUCCUGUGCUGCGCUAUCAGGAAGUCUCGGGAGGUGGUGUGAUGCCCGCAGACGUAUACUGGAGUCCUCGUUAAUGUUGCAUGAUGUCAUUCCCAGUUACAUGGCUCCCUACUGCCAGUUCGGUAGGGUGGGGGAGGAGGAAAUCUCACACCCUUACGUCUAUGUGGUUGUCAGGCCUAGCUAUAAAAUGGGCCGCAUCUGUGCUUGAGUGACAAAUGUCCCACAUUGAGAUCACCUGAGUGACUUUAGUGCAAAACAUCUAAAAAGAUCAGCUCACUUAUUGGCGGAACGGGUUGUGGUGCGCAACCGAAAAAAAUCCAACAACUGCCAAAUGGAUGUGUGAAUGGAUUUGAAUUAACAGGAUUCUCAGCUGUAAACUACUUUUUGUAAUUUAGAUCAAAGUGUUAUUUUUCAUUUUGUUGGCUCACCUCUUUCAAGAAACGCCCGUUUUUGUCACGUUUUUAUUCUCUUUAUAAAUCCACAUUAUCACAUGUUAUGAAUUUUCAAAAUGUUUUCAGUUUACUCUUAUUGGUUGAUUCACAUCAUACACGCAGAUGAUUCAAGAGUCAAAUAAACAAACAUGGAGUUAAA